GGUUCAGGACUGACUAGUUCCUGAGGCAAUCCUGACCACCGCAAAGCAGAUGAGGAGCAGAGCCUGAUGCAAUGUGAUGGCCAUCCGCCUAGAAGCCCGAGGAUUCAGAGAAGCAGGGGAAAUUGACCCAGACAGACGUCGGGACUAUGGCAGACUUUUCUAAGGAGACCUUUGAGUCCUUUACUGAUGAGGCACAGAGUUCCAGUUCAUUCAGUUCCUCUGGAGGACUGCAGCCCUGGUCCUAUGCCUCAGGGAGUAAAUACGAGAGUGGAACGCCGACUCCCCGCUUGCAAUAUGGAGACAACCAAUCUGAGUUUUCACACUUCAAAAAUAAUGAGAAGAAGUUGAGCAGAAAAUGGAUCAACAACCUCAAGGGCAAGGAAAUGAACUCUGGACAGUACCAACCAGACACUAAACUUGAAACAGAAAUCACUCAGGCAUCCCUUGAAGAAUUGAAUGCCCUGCAGUCCUUCUGCACCGUUAAGAUAAACCUGAUCCAUCAUAGUGCGACCUCUAAGGGGAAAAAGAGCAGCAGACAUAAAAAGCUGCAGCUUGGAUCGGAUGCAGAGGCUCCAGAGGUAGAUGCCUUAAACUGUACUGUCCCCGAUGAGCUUCUGAACAGAAUCUAUUUUAAAAACAUGAGGACAACACCCAACGAGGUGGUAACAGCUAAGCAACACAUUUCUUCUCGGUGUCCCAACUGUAACAGGAAAAGAGCAGAACUGGCCCAAUCUGCCUUCCUGAAACAGAAGAAGACUUCACUGGAGUCACUUCUACUCCAAGAGAAAAUAGAUGAACAUCUUCAUAUGAAAGACUUUCUUACCCUUAUUGGAGAAAUACAUCAGAGCCUUCCCAGGCUUUCCGAUGACCCCAGAAUAAUCUGGGAAAGACUGAAGGAGAAAAGUCAAAUUGGUUACUCUGGUUUUGAAAGGAGCAGAGCAUUUGGCCUGACCGUUAGCAUGACCGUUAUCGCGAGACCCUGAGCCAACAGUCAGCUCGCAGUAGUGCUCGCGGCAGAGUGUGGUGAGAGGUGAGAGGCGGUUGCAGGGCCUGAGACAGGCUGAGGGCCGGGUCCCGCAGAGCCCCAGAGCCCUCACCGCAGCCGCCCGCUAGCCAGGCCCAGACCUUGAAGCAGCGAAGCAGCAGCGAACCCCUCCCCCAUCCCAACGUCUGCAACCUAAUGGCGGCGGGCGGUCUUCAUGGGUCGCAGUCCGUGGAGGCCUCAGCAACUGGAGUAUAUGGACACUGCCGUUGAGGUAACAGCUUCAACCUGCUUCAGUCUCUCCAUUCAAGUUUCAAAAGUUGGUGCAGCUUAGAUCAGUUGUCUCCCCCUAGGAGGUGGCCAGAGGCCAGGGUUAAGUUGCACGGACAUUGCAGGUCAUUAGUUCAGGUCCACCUCUGUGGUUGGGCUCUUUUCAAAGAAGGGCAAUUGCUGUGAGCUGGGGAUUCACCUGAUGGGCAUUUGCUACAACACGUAUUCCUGUCGAUAGUAUACAAAGGAUUCUCUCCAGGUUAAAUGAAAAGCCUGAGGGCCGGCUUGGGUCCGGGCCGGCUGGGUCCUGGCCGCCCGGCUCCCUCAUUGAUGAUGGCUGGGCAGAGUCUGAGGACCUGGCCCUGAGGGCGCUGCCAGCUGAGAUCUGCCCCCUCACCCAGGCCUGGGCGCUGGCGGGAGGACUCAGACUGGGUGCUGGAUGAAAGCUCCUGGGCAGGGUAACUGGCCCACGCAGGGACCCCCUCCUGUAAGCCAGGGCCUGGACCUCGGAGGGUGAAAGUUGAGCCUUGGGACCUUGCCCUUUCUCGUCAGAACAGAGAAUAACAUUUGUUUCGAUGGAGGUUUAUAAGAACACAGUGACCUGGCCUCAAGAACAAAGGAUCUAACACCAAGAAGUUUGUAACAACUAACCAUGCCCCUCCCUAUAAAAGGGCUAUAAAAGGGCUUUGCUGAAAGCUUUCCAGGUGUCCAGGGUUUUUAAGGCAUGAGCCACCAGUCUCCUUGCAUGGCCCUGCAAUAAACCUUUCUCUGCUCCAAACUCCGACGAUUUGGUAUUGUUUGGCCGCAGUGUGUGCUAGGCACUCGGCCUUGCGUUCGAUAGUAUUUCUACAGGUACUCUGGAAACUUAAGAGUUUACUGUGCUUCCUUCACAGAUUUGAGGACUAAAGACUUUCCACCCAGUAUUUUUUCAGAUUCUAGAGGGCAACAUUUUAUAGUUGGAAUAGUUACAAAGUUUUUAUAACAAUGCAGGAGAGAGAUGCUGGCAAUUUGGACUAGGGUUUUGACAGUACAGAUAGAAAUAGAGAUCUAAGAAGUACUUAGGAGGUAAUAAUUGACAUUCUUUGGUGAAGAAAUGGAUAUGGGGGGUUAAUAAAAGGUAAAUGUUAAGAAUGGGCUUCCCUGGUGGCGCAGUGGUUGAGAGUCCGCCUGCCGAUGCAGGGGACACGGGUUUGUGCCCUGGUCCGGGAAGAUCCCACAUGCCGCAGAGCGGCUGGGCCCAUGAGCCAUGGCCACUGGGCCUGCGUGUCUGGAGCCUGUGCUCUGCAAUGGGAGAGGCCACAACAGUGGGAGGCCCGCGUAUCUCAAAAAAAAAAAAAAAAAAAAAAAGAAUGUUACUUAGUUUCUGACUUGUGCAUUUGGAUGAAUGAUAAUUCAUUAAGAUAGGAGCAUUGGAAGAGGAUGAUGUUUGAUUAAGAGGGUGAUUAUUUGGACAUGGUUAGUUUGAGGAAUAUUUGAGACAUUCAUACUGAGAGGUUGAGAAACAUUUGGUUAUUUGUGCUUGCGAUCUGGAGAAAAGGUCUUGAGGGGGUGGGGAUCAUUGGCAUAUAUGUCAUAGAUGUGGUGAGCUCUUCUAGAAGAAAGGAGAAUGACAGGAGAAGAAGGGCUAUGACCAACUCCUGAGAACUUCUACCCACCAAUUAAUGGCUGGGUAGAGGAGAAUAAGACAGCAAAGGAAGUUGAGAAGAAGUCAUCAUAGAAGGAUAAAGGAAACCAGGAAAGAGUCGUGUCAGAGAGACCAAAGAAAGAGAACAUUUCAAGAAGGAUGGGUUGUCUAAGCAUGCCAAUGCAACAGAGUUCACAGAUGAUUUAGUCAUGUGUUGGCUUCUUUGACUUAACAACAGCAACUUCAUAAAAGUUGGGCUGACUGACAGUAGAUUGAGGAAUAAAUGUAAGCUAAGGAAAUGAGGAAUACAGGUAUAGACUCCUUGAAGUUUAGCUGUGGAGGGAAAGCAGGAGAGGUAAUUUUUCUGUAUGUCUAACACUUAAGCUAUCACGGUCAAAAAUUUGUAAAAAUCAGCAAAAAAAAUAGCCUUUGUAUCAGCAAAAAAUAACCUUUGUAUCAUGUCAAUAUUACUCUUUGCCUUUAGACCUUCAUUUAUGUAUUAAGAUACUCUUUUUUCCCCAUAAAAUUUAGUGUAUUUUCUCUUAGUCAUUCCUAAAUAAAAUGGGAAAUAAAAUCA